CCAGAGACACCUUUUAGAAACCAUCAUAGAAUCCAGCAGAGGGCAGUACUGUUCUCCAGUGUGUACUGAGGCAGGAAAACCGCAACAUAUUUCCAGCAAGCAUACAUCAGACAGGGUGUGCAGAGAAAGUUAAAGCCAUUCUCAGAAGAUCUUCUCUCCACAAAGCUGCAGAAUGACAUUCAGGGCACUAAUUGGAUUCUCUAUCCUGUUAUACUGGCUCUUUUGUGCCACAGGAGGCGUGGAGUUUGAGCAGUAUCCGUCCCUAAUAGCCAAACCAGGAGAGAACAGGGAGAUUAAAUGCAGCCACAGCGAGAGCAACUACCAUAACAUGUAUUGGUACAGACGGGCAUUACACGACAGGGUUCUCGUCCUGGUUGUGUUCGGCCAUAGCAGGGAAAAGCCCACUUACGAAGCCCAGUUCCAAACCCGAUUCCAUUUGACCCGGGAGGCAGUGAACCGAAGCUCCCUACGCAUCUCCGCUCUCACUGUGGAAGACACUGCGGUGUACUUUUGUGCAGCUAGCUCACACAGUGCUAUAAGCUAUAAGCCUCGCUUCGAGCAGCACUUUGGUGGAGGAACAAGACUCACUGUUGUAGAUCCCCAUGUUCCAGUCACACCUCCCCAGGUCAGAGUACUGCCCCCUGCCCCCCAGGAAGUCCAGAGGAGCAGUAAGAGCAAGUCCAAAGUAACGCUGGUGUGCGUGGCAACAGGGUUCUACCCUGACCACAUCCGUGUGCUAUGGAAGGUGAAUGGAGUGGAGGUGGGGGCCAGUGGGGAGGACAGCAGUCCCAUGUGGGAUGGGUCCAGCAGUACCUACAGCCUCAGCAGCAGGAUCAGGAUCCCUGCCCAGGACUGGCUCCGCCCACAAAACAGCUUCACCUGUGUUACCAGCUUCUACAAUGGGAGCCAUGACCUCAUCAACAAUCACACAAUUUUUGGAGACGGUGGGCACCGCAAUUAUAGUCAAUGCUUCCACAGACAAUAUAUUAAUUUUCCUCACAAUGUUCAUGAAUAUCAAAAUAUAUGUGAACUAACAGGAAUAUUUUUGUUUUUUUUAAGGUUGUUUCUCAGGUGA